UGUUUUAAAAAGAGGGGGUGAUAUUUAGCAAGUAAUUAAUUGUUGAACAGCUUACAGCUAGUAAGUAGCAAUCAAAAUAAACUGAGCUUUGGAAAUAAAUAAAAAAAAAGUCAAACACUUUCAUCAUAAUAAUUUGAAAAAGAAACUGGAAGAAACUGGUACAGGAAGACGUCUGGCUGACCCACAUGGAAACAGCUUUAGCCUUUAGCUCAGCUUAACAUUAGAUUAAGUCUCCGUUUUAGCAGUUUAAAGAGGAAUUAGAAGUCUGACGGGUGAAAAACGGCAGUAAUUCAAUGACAGGGGUGGGCCCUCUGUUUACCUGUACUGUACCUGUGUUUAUUUUUGGGCGCUGAUAUUCUAAAGCCCUGUAGUGCUGCCUGUCUAAUUUCUUAGUUGGCCAGGUCAAAGUUUGUCAGUCUUUUAGAGCACUGUCUGGGGGUUAGAACACAGACAGUGGUAGAGUCUUCUAUAAGAGUUUAUUUUCGUUUUCUUUUAAAUAAUAUGCUUGUGUGUGUGUUGUGUUGACCAUGGCACAGUUGUUUCCUGUGUAUGAAAUUAAUACCCAACACGGAUGUGCAGAAAAACCACAUAAUAAGAUAAGAUGUUUCCAGAGAGUUGGAGAAAGACAGAGAAAGAGAGAGAGAGACCUAGAGAGAGAGAGUCAUAGAGAGAAGUAUGGAGGGAGAUAGAGAGACAGAGGUAGGGCAAAGAGAGGUAGAGAGAGAUUGAGUCAGAGAGAGAGGUAGAAAGAGAAAGAGUCAGAAAGAGAGAGUUAGGGCGAAUGAGAGAGAGUAAGAAAUUGAUAAAAGAGGGAGAUAGUCAGAGGCAGAGGUGAGGCGAAAGAGAUAUAGAGCGAGAGAGAGACAGACAGAGGUAGAGCGAAUGAGAGGUAGAGAGAGAGUCAUAGAGAGAGGUAGAGAGUGAAAGAGUCAGGAAAAGAGAGAGAAAAAGAGAAGGUGGGAGUCAGAGAUACAGUGGUAGAGUAAGUGAAAGGUAGAGAGAGAGGGAGAGAGAAAGUCAGAAAGAGGGAAAGAUAGGGAAAAAAGAGUCAGAGGGGGAGAGUUCAAGAGAAAAGUAUAGAGUGUGAGAGGUAGAGAGAGUGAAAGAGAGAGUCAGAGAGGUAGAGUGAGAAAAGAAAGAAUGAGAGAAUCAGAGAGACAGAGGUAGAGAGAGAGGGAGAAAGAUAGUCAGAGAGAGAAGUGGAGUGAGUGAGAGGUAGAGAGAGACAGAAGUACAGAGAGAGAGGAAGAGUGAGAGAGAGAGCAGUAAAGUGUGCUGGAAGAUAACAGAGACCAGUAUCUGCUGGGGUCCCGUGUCUGUGGUCAGUAUGGGACUGAAGGAGUUCUUCAGGGAGUUCUUCCUGGGUUUCUGGGACUAUGAGACUCCAAAGAUCAUGGUAGUGAAGAACAGGACUCUGGGAGUCAUUUACAGAAUUGUACAGUUUCUGGUCAUCACAUAUUUCAUAUGGUAUGUGUUUAUCAGUCAGAAGGCAUAUCAAGACAUUGAGACACGACCAGAGAGUUCAAUCUACACUGAGAUGAGAGGGGUCGGCAUUCUGGGAGACAACGUACGGGACACCACAGAGUACGUCCGGCCAUCAGAGGGUGGUGAUGUUAUCAGCACAAUACUGAGGAGAGAAGUGACGUAUAACCAGAUACAGGGAACAUGUGCUGAGCAUUACAGUGUCCCCAGUGCCAACUGCACCACAGAUGCUGACUGCGUUCAGGGCGAGAUGGACUUUGAUGGUCAUGGUCAGAGAACAGGGAGGUGUGUACCAUACUACAACCACACCUUUAAAACCUGCGAGAUUAAAAGCUGGUGCCCCAUAGAGGAGUUUGCAGCAGUGAGGGAGCCCCCACUGGUCCAAGCCAUCAAUUUCACAGUCUACAUAAAGAAUUCCAUCCACUUCCCCAAGUUUAAAGUCCUCAGGGGGAACAUCAAGCCGAGGAAGCCGAAGAAGCUUCUGAAAUGUCAUUAUCACCCCGAUACCAACCCCUACUGCCCUGUGUUCAGACUGGGAUACAUCGCUGAGCAGGCCAGAGAGAAGUUCAGCGAACUCUGCCAGACUGGUGGAGUGAUUGGAGUGUUUAUCAACUGGAAAUGUGACUUUGAUGUUGAUCCAUCUGAAUGCAUUCCCAGUUACUCCUUCAGGAGGCUGGACCUCAGAAAAAAUCUGCCCAGCUCCGGGUAUCAUUACAGGUUUGCCAAGUAUUACUACAAGGAUGGUUACGAGUACAGAUCACUAAUCAAAGCUUAUGGGAUUCGUCUGGAUGUUAUCGUACACGGACAGGCAGGAAAAUUUAGCCUCAUUCCAACCAUCAUCAAUACAGUCACAGCAAUGACAUCAGUGGGAAUAUGCUCAAUAAUCUGUGACUGGAUCAUGCUAACAUUUAUUGACAAGAACGAGGUCUACAGCGAGAGGAAGUUUGAUGAUGCAUCCAAGCAGCCAAGACAACCACCUGCAACAGAGAUCAUCCUCACAAGCUUUGGCUCCACACACUCUGACCUUUCAGAUGGUGUCCCACUUUAAGGCUCCACCCCAGUUUGCUCUGCUGACCAAUCCUAUACAGAACGUUCUGACUAAGACAAGAAAAACAACUGGGAGGAAUAUUUUUGAUGUAAAUGACUGGAAAAAAAAUGACUGAAUAAUUAUACUCUGACUAAACGAAUGGACAUGGAGUGCAGUCUGCACCCCGAACUGAAAAAAGCUUGUUCUGCCUUCAACCUACAGCAUCCAGCACUACAUUUCAGUUAAUCUUAACUCUAAUAAACAAGACAUAUUGGAAAUAUACUGAUCAUGGUUUUUAUGUGAAUAAGUUUGCC